AUUGAUUUCGUAUUUAGUUUUGAUUUUUAUAAAUAUUUUUUUAAACUUUUUGUUGCGUACCAGUUGGGAUUUGUUAUGUACUUGCCGUAUUUCUUCCAUCAGAAAAGGAUAAGAACGUGUAGGAUAUUUUGACAUGCUGAGUGCUAUUUGAGUGCAGGAAAUUGAAGAAAUGGAGAGGAAAUAAGCAGCAGAAGCUUCUCUAAUGCGAAGAUUGAAUUCGAUGGUUGCGGAUAUAUAAGAUCGAUAGAGGUUUUCUCAUCAUGUCAUUCUUCGGCUUUUCACAAUUCCAACAGCCUCAUCUUCUCAAGCCGCUCAGGUAAUCAGUUAUGAAUUUGUCAAACCGACUCAUCUUAUUGCUUGCCAUUCUUUGUUUGUCGAUACAUAUGACAGUUGCUGAGCGAAAUACUGGAUGCCUGAAUCUCGCGGUAUGUCACAUGCCGAUCUCGCUCAAUCAUUUCACGCACAACAUCAACAUUAGUGACAACAACAGACGUGGAUGGACGACUUUCACGAAAUUCGUCACUAAGAAAGGUAUCUGCAUCAGAAACUGCGCUCAAUGCCAAAUAAUGCUUGGCGGGUAUUUCAUGGGGGAAAAGUGCGCAAAUUUCUGCGUGAAACAUAAAGGUAAAGUUAUUCCGGAUUGUGAGGAUGAGUUCUCGAUUCGUCCCUUUCUGCAAAAAGCGCCCGAGAACGAAUAUUAAUCGACAAGAUCAACCAAAAAUUAUACUUCGAUUUUCUCUUUCGACUUUCGUCUUUCGCAUUAAUGUUAAGCUGUGCAAUAUAUCUUAUAAAAAUAAAAAUUGCGACAUAAAUUAUGUACUAAAAUGUAACGUAAUGUACAUGGUGGUGUUAUGAAUAUGUAAAAUCCAGAAACGGUAGAUGCACUGACCUCAGAAAGUUUCUUUGUCUCAACUCAAACAUCGCGUUUGAAAAAAACAGAUAUUUUAGUUUAUCUAUUGCUGACCAUCUAGCAUAUGUUAGCCAGUUUUGAUCAAAGAAAAAAUUUAUCUGUCAACUCAAGAAGUUUAUUUGCACAAUAUCGCUAGCCGUACAUAAACUUAAUUGCUUGUUACAAAUAAAUAAACAGAUGUUCUUCGACCAACACUGGCUAAAUAUAUUUAAAACGCACAACGUUUCGGCUUAAUUUGAAGCCCUUCUCAAGUGCAUACCAAUCAAUAUCAUUUUCUGUAAACAAUACAAUAUAGGUACAAAUAUCAAAAAUAAAAUACAAAUAAUCACUAAAUAAAAACUAAAUAAAAAACCUUACUGUUUGAAAAUGAUAUAUAAUAAUGUUAACAAAGGUAACGGGGUAACACAUCCGCACCACACGAGUCUCAGAUCAGAACUAACUCAGCAAAAACCAACCUAUGUGUUUGUCACAAUACCGUCGUAAACAUCUGACAAGUUCUCUGUGUCUCGUUUAAGAUUAAUCGUCCUUGAAUUCUUCUUUAUGAAAAACGUUUCAGCAAUCUCUCUCUUACGGUUGUUAGAUUCAUAAUGUAAAAUGUUCUUCUUACUCCAAUCAAAAUCAUGAUCAUUGGUUAAUCUGUGUUGACUAACGACAGAGAGAUUGCCAGAAUGCUUCUUAAUGUCCGCUCUUAAUUGCUUAUUGUCUCUUGCGCAUAGUUGUCCUUUGACUGUGAUUUGCUAUUACUGCUAGUACCAACAAUACUUAUUCUGUCUUUGUCGGUGAAUAAGAAGAUAUAACGAUGUUAGAAAUAUAAUACUGCCAAUGAAUAGAACACAUCCCAUGCCAGCGCAUCUUCGCGCGCUUCCAUAGGGGAGACUGAGUACACUUGAUCUUUAUAGGAGACAUGGUACAUCGAUUUUACGUUACUUCUAUGAACUCAGUAUUUGAUGCAACUAGCAACACUGUUGUCUAUGACAUGACUUAAUUUCACAUGGUAGUGACAUCUAUCAAACGUUUGCAUAUGGCGGCCGGUUUUGUGAUUUGAUGAUAUCGUUCUUUGUUUUGGUGAGUUUUUUUCUAUUGGAUUUCUUGAUGUAGGAAAUGGAUAGUGCUAUUUUACAAAUACGCAUUUAUUUGUAUGUCUAUUAGAUAGUUUAUUUUAUAGGUAAUCAUAGAAAUACGUGUUGUCGUAUUUAAGUAUUGGCAUAAAAUUAUAACCUAACAUCAGUAGGGAGACUUGGUACGAUAUAGUCAGGGAGAGAAUAAAAGAUUAUUUUUGUUAUAGUAAUUUAUUUUUAGAAUAGAUUAUGUUUAGAAGAUUUAAGAAGUAUCAAUCUUGUUAGUUGCAAGAACAAAAGAUUAGUUUUGUUAUAUUCAGAAGAUUUAAGAAGUAUUCUUUUUAUAAGCAAAUUAAUAAGAAGAUGCUGCCAAAUGUGAUGUGAUAACUAAUUAAAAUAAAGACUGAUAAUUAUUUAUAAAAAUCAAAUGUUUUAUUGUAAAAAGUGAGACAUGAUCCAUGGAUCAUGUCACUCAAUACGCAGGAACGAGUUACUUUCAAUAGAUGACACAUGGUACCAUUUCUCUUUUUUCAGUUUUAGUUUAAUAACGUCUGUAUUAACUGGUUAAUAAAACCGGCUUUAUGAUGAGAGUAAGGCAACUAAAUUCUUAACUAUUUUAUGGUAUUACAUUUUCAAUACAUACUAAAAUGACAGAAAUAGCUCUUUACAACAAAAGGGGGGAUCAACUGUUCCCAGUUUCCUCUCUAUAUUCGCGUAUAUCUGAACGCAGCGCGUAAAUUUGAAUUUAUAUCACAAUGCACACAUAAAUUCUCCUUAUUAAACAAAAGAAAUGCAUUUACUUGAAAAAGAAGAUGUAAAACAAGAAUCGUAUAUUAAGAAAAUAAAAAUAAUUGAAGAUGCUGUGUCCUUUGAAAUGUUUCACUCUAAUUAAAUUCAACUUUAUACACUAGUUCUCGAAAUAUACUGAUAACUUUUUUGUCAUAGUUUCAAGAUCCGUUUAGUUGUAUUCGUAAUAAAUUCCGCUAUCUCUCCGGGAGGACGUUUUGGUAACGUAUCUGGUGUUUCUGACGACUGCUGAGAAAUUAAUGCCUUAGGCUGUGUUCCUGCCAGUACUGAAAAUCUGUAGUUCACGUUACAUGUACCAUAGAUUUACACUAUUGGCAACUGAAUAUUAGAACGCAGCCUUAAUAUCUAUUGCAUCUGCACGUUAGUACAAUUCUUAUAAUAAGUACUCGGACUCCCUUGGCAACAUUUGUAAAAUUGUUCUUUUGAUAGAAGAAGCAUUGCUAGCCGUUGAAUCCUCCUCAAAAAUCACAUCGUCCUGUAGUAUCAUCAGAGCGCCUUCGUCUACUGAAUUAUUUUGAUUGAUGUGUUUCUUUCAGAUUCAUCUAAAUCUUAUAAUGUAAUUUCUCUUUUUGUUCUAUAAUUUGACCGAACAUCCAUUUGUUUUUGCCUAAGCAACUUCUACAAUUUCCUUUCUUUCUCAUCUUGAGAUGAGAUGAGAUGAGAUGAGAUUUUUGAAAAUGAUGUACGAUUAGUGCGAUACAGUGCUUCGUUUACUUUUUGAUAUUUAUAAUAAUAUAAGUAGAUCUAUAUUUAUACGUAAUCUUGUAAAUAUUAAUUUCGUUGGAAACUUUCUGGUCGCAGAGUAACACAUAUUUCGAUACUGUAUAAAUAUUUGUUAUAUUGUAAUAUUACAUGUAUAGCGGAUUAAUAUUUCGCAUGCCAUGCAAAGAAUUGUUGAGUUUGUACAAAUUUCUUCACCUAAUAUUAUACGUCGGAAUAUCGAAGGUAGCGAAACUUUUUCUACCUUAAUUCGAUCCUUAUAUAGUGUAAAUAAUAUCAAAAAGUUAUUUUCGGCCAAAAAUAUCAAUACUCUUAAUAUCAUCCGAAUAUAUGUGCAAUAAGAUCGUGUCCACACUAUACAAGUUUGCAUCUGUAAUCAGAAUACGUAGCGAUCUUAGAUUACAAUAAAAGAGACAAUCAGGAUUUGUGAACGUUUUAUUGUUAACUGUCUUCACAGUAAUUUAGUUUAAGGAAGUCAGCUCUGUUGAUACCGGAGAAAUCCGAAAUUCCGCGGUUUGUAUCACACGUGACGCAGGAGAAAGAGUUGUGCUUUACUCCGAAAAUUAGUAAAGUAGUCGUCUCACACUGUGAGGAUUGUAACGGCGAUUGACUAGGAUUACAAGAACAAAACACAUCUGACUCUGGCAAAGGAUAAUGACUGACUGUAUUUGACACUUCUACAUACAUCUGCAUGAGAGCGAUAUACUUAUACACAUAUAUGUAUUAGAGAGAGACGAGUGACAUUCGCAUUGUGUCUGUUGUGUAUUGUAUCCGGCUAUUUUAUUGGAUAGGCCUCAUAGAUUGGUUUAUGACCGCGCGCCUACAGCGCCUCUUGCGUUCUUUAUGUGUAAGCAAUCAUUCGGCAAGAAUAAAAGGUUCUGUGCAUUAA